UUGGGGGGAAUAAAAAGAAGGGCUUAGAAAUCUGCCACCCCUCUGGCACUAGGUGAAUUCAGUUGUGCAUUGGCUGAUUUAUUAGCAGCUUAAGGAGCUAAAUUUAAGAUCUCUAUCCUGAUCGCAGCGUCACAAAGUCUGGCUUCACUGUGAGCAACCUGCAAGGAGAGGGUCAUUCCUGCAGUGGGACCAGCACUUCCAUCUACUGCAAGGUUUCCUUUGAGGAUGAUUCCAUGGCCGCUGUCUACAGUGGGGAGCAACGAGCUCAUCAAGAUCCUGAAAGCCAUUAUCAGAAAGGAACUGAAUCCUUGGCCACAAGUGCAAAAAGAAAACACAAUGGGCAAAGGCAGAGCUGAGGAGGGCAGGAUGGAUAUUUGGCUCCGAAUCAUGCGUUUUCAAUAGCAGUACUUCAAUGUAGAUCAGAUGUCUAAGCCCUCCUGAGUUAGUAAAUACUGUCAGUGUGGCUUGGAGAUGGAUUCUGUUCACAAUGAACAACUGCAUUCAAAAAGCUUAGAGCUCCACCGAGUUUAUUGAUUGAUCUCCUCUGAUUACAAUGCAGCCUUAGAUAUCUAUUUCACAUAGAGACAACUAUAUUUAGACAUUUAGAGCAGAAUAGAUGCCUUAUCUACAUUCUUUGAUAACAAUAUCUCACUCCCUCGUGAUAUUCUCCCUUUUUUAGACUGCAAAAUUACUUUGCAUGGGAGGUUGCUAUUGUUAUCCUCAUUUUAUGAUGAUAAGUAAAGAUAAGCGAAAUUACCUUGCCAAGGUCACUCAGUCUGAAGGCAGAAGAGGAGAGGGAACGCAGGUCUUGUGUGGCAUUGUGGCAUCUCUACCUCUGCCAUCCCUAUGUGGUUUCAUUUCAACCCCCGUAAAUGCCCUUUACGGACAUAGCAUGAAUGCUACAGGAGUUAUCAAUUACACCAAUGAUGAGCAAGUUCAUCAGAAACCUUAGAAAGCCAAAGCAAGAGCAUAUAGACUAUGAAAAGGUUCAUGUACAUGGUCUAUUGUUGAUGGCUGAAUUAGAUGAUCUUAGUGGUCUUUCCAACCUUAAUGAUUCUAUGAUUCUGUGUAGUACAUCACUUCACUUGUGUUAAUCAUCUGUCUGUUUAAAAACAAACAAACAAACAAACAAAAACAUUUAUAUACAUAUAAAAAUAAAUAUGUAUAUAUAUAUAUUUCUGCCAUGACAGCGAUGAAAUAUGCACUGGCUCUGUCAUAUCUGUUGGUGGAAUAAAAUUGCUUAAUGACUGCAUCUGCUGCAAAGCAGGAUGUCAUUGGUUAUACAGAGAGACAUCAGUAUGAGUCCAAGGAAAAGGGAGAUGUCCCUGAGAGAUGCAUGAUUCAUUAGAUGAUGAAAUUGGGAUGAACAGGUGCCUUGGGACAAAGUUUGAGGGAGCUGGGCUUGUUCAGCCUAGAGAAGGAUCUGGGAGGCCUCAUUGCAACCUUCCAGUACUUAAAAGGAGCUUAUAAUCAGGAGGGAGGCUAACUCUUUCCAUGGUCUGAUAGUGAUAGGACAAGGGAGAAUGGUUUUAAGGAAAAGGGGAGAUUUAGGAGGAAAUUUUUCACUCGGCAGCUCCGGAUACCUAGAGAGAUGUGGGUGCCCAAUCCAUGGAGGUGCCCCAGGGGCAGGUUGCACAGAACCCUGGGCAGCCUGACCUGGCUGGAGGUUACCAGCCCAUGGCAGGGGGCUGGAAAUAAGUGAUCAUUAAGGUCCAUCCUAAACCAAGCCAUUCUAUAAUAUGAUUCUAUGACCCAUUCAGCCCCACAUCUCCUUGUGAGAUGAAGAUGGUCAUAAGAAUUAUCUCUUUCUAUGAGAAGUGUCACCUUAGAGUGACAGAGUUUACAAGAGGGCAUUGAAGCUUUCCUGGGUCAUUAGCAAGGCCUAUCUAUAUCUCCAAGAUGCUGCAGUUUAGAUACAGUGUUAUGACUGACCAGGGUUUCUACCUGGGACCAAUGAAAACUGACAGUUGUCAACAUCAAGCCAACAUAUUGACCAGCCAUAUUUCAUGGUCCAAAGUAGAAGUACAAAGAAAGCUUUUCUGCUUCUCUUUCCUGGCACCAGGAUGGGCUCUCUAACCAUGAAGACAUAAAUGAGAGCAGCAAAUUUGGUAAAGGGCACAGGGUUUGAGAUGGGACAGGGAGAUCACUCACCAAUCACCAUCACGGGCAAAGCAGACUGUGCUGGGAGAAUAAUAUGAAUUAUUUCCUAUUGUAAUUAGAGAAGUGUGAAUUAAAAGCAAACUAAAAUCACUUUCCCCUGCAGCUCUGCUUGCAGAGGGCACCCUGCAGCCCCACCCCACUACCAAAGCCUUGAAACAUAAACCCAACCCAAAUGGCUGGUGACAAAGUGCAUCCCCGAGGACUCCGGUAUAUCAUUUUAGUGGGGGAACAUGCUGGUUCAAGUGCUCAUUUUAUCACAUCUGAUUAGGUGUUUAGUGCUCAUAGAGUUUAAACAUUAAUAUUACACUAUUUAAGUGAUACGCUCCACAGUAGCCAGGACAUAGAGGUAGUCACCAUGGUCGAGUUUGGGGAUUUGAUAAGUGCUGCGGGGGAGUUUUGCCUCUACCAGAAAGUGCUGGUGCUGUUGCUCUCCCUCCCACUACUUAUUACUCCUUUCCAAAUGGUUGGUCAAGUGUUCAUGGUUGUGGACGUGCCUCAUUACUGCAACACGGACUGGAUCCGUGCUGUCGGUCCCAACCUGACUGAGGAAGAGCAGCUGAACCUCACCCUGCCCCGGGAUGCGGAUGGGGAGUAUGAGCAGUGCACCAUGUACUCACCCGUGGACUGGGACCUCGACUCCAUCAGGGCAUAUGGCCUGAAUGCCACGGAGAAGUGCAGCAGCGGCUGGGUGUACCCCACAGCACAGCAGCCAUCCCUGCUCACCGAGUUUGACCUUGUGUGCGACAGGAAGGACCUGGGUGACAUCUCCCAGUCUCUCUCCAUGGUGGGGCUUCUAGUAGGAGGUAUGAUCUUUGGACCACUCAGUGACAGGAUCGGCCGCCGGCCAGUCCUUCUGAUCUCCAUGCUUGGCCAGGGUCUGUUUGGUUUGGCAAUUGCCUUUUUGCCCAAUUUCAUUCUAUAUGUGAUCUUCAGAUGUAUCAUGUCAACUGCUGUGUCAGGAAUUCUGAUAACUACCUUGCCCUUAGCUACAGAAUGGGUUGGUGUCUCCUAUCGAUCAACGGCAGUGCUUAUAACUCACUGCUUUUUAGCUGCUGGACAACUGAUUUUGGCUGGCUUGAGUUAUGGUAUUCGUAACUGGAGGUUGCUGCAAAUAGCAGGGUCAGCUCCUAUGUUUGCCCUUUUCUUCUACUUCUGGGUGCUACCAGAGUCACCUCGCUGGAUGGUGACAAGAGGCAAAAUAGAAGAAGCAAAGAAGUACCUUAAGAAGGCAGCAGCCAUCAACAAACGCACCAUUCCUCCAGAACUGCUCGACCAGCUGAAGUGUGAGACCCAAACCAAGACUGGAAGUAUUCUGGAUCUCCUUCGGAAGAAGCACCUGCUGAAGGUGACUUUAGUCAUGGCUUGUGCCUGGUUUGUGGAUGGUCUAGUCUACUAUGGUUUGAGCCUUAACGUGACAGGCUUUGGUCUCGACAUCUAUCUGACACAAUUUGCUUUUGGGGUAGUGGAGAUACCAGGUCGUAUUAGCUGCAUUUACAUGCUACGGUGGUUUGGGAGGAAAAAAGUCCAAGCUGUUCUCCUGCUGGUGUCUGGCUUGAUGUGUCUCAUCAUUGUUGGCAUCCCUGAAGACCAGGCUGUGGCAAUCACCGUCCUGGCAGUCAUUGGCAAGUUUGCUGCAUCUGCCUCAUUCUCCACCUCCUAUGUCUACGCUGCAGAGCUCUUCCCCACUGUCAUCAGGCAGAGCGGUGUGGGGCUGUGCUCAAUGGCUGCACGGGUAGCAGGGAUCAUCGCCCCACUCAUCCGCCUCCUGGAGCAGUACCACCACGCCAUCCCCAUGUCCGUCUAUGGCGGUGCCACUGUGCUGGGGGGGCUGCUCUCCUUUCUGCUGCCUGAGACCAGUAUGGUUGAACUGCCAGAUGACACAGGGACAGAUAACCCUCAAAAGAGAAACAAAUUGCAGAGCCUGUCCAAGACAGACAGUGAAGAAAAAGAAAUAAACUCAGAGAACAAGGUCUAAAGAUUCUCAAGAAACAAGGGAUGAACAGACAAGCAGAUACUAGAGGUCUACCUCUAACAGAAUCUGAUCUUCAAGCAGAGCAACGAGGCUCUGCUGUCUGGAAACUGGUCUUGCAGAUGAUCCACAAACUCACCACUCACGGUCAGAGGGAGAGGAGAUUUGUGUCACUGCGCUUGGAAAAGACGCACGUGGGACUGUUCUUGAGACCCAGCCUGUUGUGCCUGGCUGUGCGAGUCCUCCCUGACGUGUUUCCCAGUCCCUUGCAAACUGGUACCCGUGGAACCAUCCCUGUUGUGAUUUACAGCAAUAAAGAAUUGCCAGCACAGCGGCAUCACUGGGCAAGCGAGCGCCAGGCUGUGUCCCUCCUGCACUGAGCGCUGGGGUCGUCAGCCUUGGCGGCGGUCCGAGCCUCCGUGUCUGAUCAGGACAUCACCAAAACCCUGUCACACCUAUUUAGGUUUUUCUUUCUAUGUGAUGGUGUUGAAUUUGAAUUUCUAAAGGAGUAACAUGAAUUAUACUUGGAGUUUGAUAAGAGACGCUUGUAAUGCAAUACAUGAAGAAUAAAUGCUGUUGA